GGCGAGAGCCGAUCGCCGCUAUUUAACGGCGUCCAUUUGGCGGGGGCGCACUCAUUUCUCGCGUCCGCCAGAAGCCAUGAAGAGCAUUUUCCUUUUCGUCACUGCGGCGCUGUCUGUCGCUGCCGUCUUCUCGCAGCGGAAUGUCACGAUGAACCUGCAAGUGUUCCCGGCGAAGAGCAUCGCCGGAGUGAUCCAGCUCAGCCUCGUCAAUGACCAAAAGCAGCCCGUGUACGGUUUCAAUAUCACCGAAGCGCGAGACCUCUGCGCUCGCCUCGGACUCAACCUCGCCUCCAAAGACCAAGUCGCCGAAGCCCACAAUAGGGGCUUAGAAACGUGCAGGUUCGGAUGGAUUGACGAGCAUUAUGCGGUCAUCCCUCGUGUCCAGGCGCUUUUGAACUGCGGCCAAAACCGGACCGGCUUGGUGCCGUGGCGAGCCGCGUUGGACAAAAAGUUUGACGUCUUUUGUUUCAACCAAUCAGAUGACACGGCAGAGGAAGAAACGACGAGCCCGGUUUCCUCGGACUCCCUGAGUCCUACACCCGCUCUCUUCAUUUUCAACCUUUCUUUGAGCUCCGAACUCUCGUUGCUGGACAGCCUGCAGGGGGCGCAGCUGGCCCGCUUAUCCGGCGGCGAGCAAAGCUCCGGGAGAGGAAAAGUGAUUGUCAUCACCUCGGCGUGCGCCGUCCUCCUCGCUGCCAUUGCCGUCCUCGCGUACGUGAAAGUGAAGAGGCGCCUCCACAGGGCUGACGCGACCCAAGAGCGAGGAGAAGUCGUUGAUAUCGGCAGUUAAACGAUGGCGCCGAGUUAUCCUGCGUCCGAUUUCAGCUUGAUUCUGUUUUGCGUCUUCGGUUAAAUGCAGCAGCCUGUAAGAAUGUACUGGUAUGUACAGUAUAGCCACAGGAACAAUCACAAUCAUUUGGAACACUCCUUCCAUGUUUUUAUUAUUUGGACAUGCAUGUAAAGUAGACUUUAGAGGACUAGACUAGACUAGACAUCAUUUAUCCGUGUGUAAUUUCACAUUUGUCCAAACUAAAGUGUGUGCAAAGCUU